UACAAAGUAUUGUUUAUGACGGGAAACAACAUCAGUUUGGAGGAAACAAAGAUGAUGGUUUUGCUAGUUUUCCUCCUGAUUCCGGUAGUUUUUGCGAAUCCUGCCCCACCUGCCUGCACACCCCCGCAGGUGUCUAACAUCCCCGUCCAAUCUGGCUUUGAUUUCGACAAAUUUUCAGACAAUGGAUCAAAGUGGUACUUGGUUCUCUACAAUAAGAUGAUCUCAGUCCCAGGAAUGAAUGUUCCACUCAACGAAUCCAAUGUCUUCUUUCGAUUUUUCAGAAACAGCAGUAACGAAUUGACUGGCAAAAUGGUGGGGAGAGUACGCCUAAACAAGUCAAUUCCACCAUUCUGCACCAGUCAGAAAUCCAAGAUCACUCAAAGCACGGAAGAGCCAGCCAAAUUGCACCAGACUUUCAAUAACCCUUUCUCCACGAAACCAUUAACCUUUCACUAUUGGAUCCUUCAGACAGACUACAGCAACAUGGCCGUGGUGUUCGCGUGUCAGAAGGAAUUGGGGGAUGGGACCUGCAGUCCAGGGGACACUUACUUGUGGACUCUGUCCCGGACACCCAAUCACACGCCGGCAGAAAUGGGGAAAAUAGACAAAUUAGCGACGUCCGUGUGUCUGAAAAAAUUUAGAAAAGUGAAUCACCAGUCACCUUGUACAGGAAAAUAACUCAAUGCUUAACUACAGACUGUCCGUGUACUUGAUGUUUAGAAGAUAUCAAAGAUACGAAUCCAGCGUGCCAUUGUCAUGCAAAGAGUCAUAUUUUUUUUUACGAAAUGUCUUUUAGAAGAACACGUUGAAAUGAAAAGGUCAAAGGGAUGCAUUCGAUUUUUUUCCUUUUACAGACCAUUUUGUUUAGGCCAAAGAAAUGUGGGUGAAUUAAAAAAAAAUGACCACCAAACUGAAUUUUUUGGGCAAAAUUCAACUAUUUGUAACAUAUUUUUCACUUAUAUCAUCAUAUUGCAAAUGCAUUCUAGUUUAAAAUCCUGAAGUGGCAAUAGAAUAGACAAUUGGAUUAAAAAGUUUCAGAAUUUUUAUUAGAAAAAUUUCUUUUGAAAAAAGAAAAUAUCAUUACACCUUAAAAGACUUUCUAAAAUACAUAAUCACAAGAAAUUAUAGUUUUUUAUGUUUCAAAAUGGUAAAAGUGGUAUAAAUGAUUAAAUCUAGACCUUGAAUGAGUAUCUUCUCUUGUACAUGUGACAAAAAAUUGGCUUUUUGAUUGUUAUUUUACAUUAUUUUUUCAAUUCUGGUUUGAAAAGUUUUAAUAUGAAAAAAAUAUGAAGCAAUAAAAUUCCCCAAAAUUCACUUUUUUGACCGUUCAAGUCAAUUCUUUAAAUCUAAGCCAAAAAAGAAUUGUUUUAUACGAGUUAUCUUACAAAAAAUACUAGAUUUUGAAGUGACCCUAUGUUACAUUAUUGUGUUGCACUCCUGACAUCUGAUAUGUAUUUUAUUUAACAUUGUUUUAAAAAUUAUAUCACACAAUAACCCAUUCUUACUUUGUAAAUCAA